AUGACUAUGGCGGCUACGGUGGAGGGUGUUUUCAACUCCAUUCUGUCAAUUACGGACCCUGGUAAUACCCGACCAGGAAGCGUUAAUUGGAGAGCCGCUGUGAAUUGGAAAAUCACCAGCGACAUGGAAAUGAAAGAAGGCGAUACCUUCACUUUGCAUAUGCCCAACGUUUACAAGUUCACCAGUUCCGCUCAAACUUUGCAAAUUAAAGCUGGUUCCCUGGUGUUGGCCAAUUGUGACUUGUUCUCUGGAGACAACAUUGUGGGAUACUCCGAGGUUCAAUGCACUGCUACAGCCGAGGUUGCGAAUGUCGGAACAGCUUCCGGCACUAUCACAUUUGCAUUUACCUUCAAUUCCGGCUACUCAUCCGACGAAGUCAACCUCGAGGCUGCCUCCGUCUGGAGCACUGGAACCAACACCAUACGGUGGACUGAUGGCCCCAAUGUUUUGACUAAAGAUGUUACCUUCGAAGGCGGUAACACUGGUGUUAUCGAGGGUUCCGCUGAGAACGGUGUUUAUGGAUUGAGAGCCUUAGUCAACAGCAAUACCAAGCAGCACUACCUUUUGGGACCAAGGUGUCUGGUUGAUGACAUGUAUGGUACCUUAAGCAUCAAGGUGGGCAGAGAAAUGCCUCUUGACUGUAACACACUUGCAGGUGCCAUUGCCAACACUGUGAAUGCAUGGUAUUAUCCUGAAUCAGCCAACACAAACGGCGUUCAACUCACCAAGUGUUCGUCUACUGAGGCGGUGGUGUCCUUCUCCUAUAUUCCAGCAGGCAACAGACCAUACAUGAAUAUCCUUACCCAAAUGAUUACGACCACUACAUCCUCGGCUGCCACUUACACUUACAAUAUGGUUUGUAACAGAAAACAGUUGGUUGGAACGCUUGGCGUUCGCUGGACCAACUACGCUACCACCGAUUCCGAGUCUGAUGGAAACAACUUGCCUCUUGUCAUCACCACCCAUACCGAUCCUACGGCCACCAACACGCAAUUGUCCACCAUUACUGGUAGCACUGCCAAAACUGUCAUCGUUAAUGUUCCUAUGCCCGUGACCACUGUCAUUGUCACGGGAACCAACACUGAGUCCACUACUCACAGUGCUACCUCGGGUGGUACCAGAAUUGUGUCUAUCGAUGUUCCUACACCAACUACCACUAUCACCAGGACUUGGACGGGAUCAACUAGCAGAACCGAGACUGUCACUGCACCAACUGGUGGUACGGGAUCUGUGUUCAUUGAUGUUCCAACUCCAACAACCAUUGUCACCAGAACGUGGACAGGCACUGAAACUUCUACCGAGACUGUUCCAGCAAGUGAAGGUGGCACUGAAAGCAUUAUCGUCAAUGUGCCCACUCCCACCACCACAGUGACAAAUACCUGGACUGGUUCUGAGACUUCCACUCAGACAAUUCCUGCUCUGGUCGGAGGUACCCAAAGUAUCAUUGUCAACGUUCCCACUCCAACCACCACCGUCAGUAGAACGUGGACCGGAUCUGAAACCUCCACUGAAACCGUCCCUGCUGCUGAAGGUGAAACCGAGAGCAUCAUCGUCAACAUUCCUAUUCCAACCACUACUGUUGUUCUGACAUGGACUGGAAAUGAGACCACCACCGAGACCGUUCCUGCUACCGAGGGCGAGACUGGAAGUGUUAUCGUGAAGGUUCCAAUUCCUACAACUACUUUGACGAACACUUGGACGGGAUCGGAGGCAACCACCGAAACCAUUCCUGCUACUGAGGGUGAAACGGGAAGCGUCAUUAUCAGAGUUCCAGUGCCUACCACCGUUCUCACCAAGACAUGGACCGGAUCUGAAACUAGCACUGAGACAGUUCCUGCUACCGAAGGUGAAACAGGCAGUAUCAUCGUAAAUGUUCCAAUCCCAACUACUACUGUGACCAACACCUGGACUGGAUCUGAAACAUCGACUGAAACCGUUCCCGCUACUGAGGGCGAGACCGGUAGCAUUAUCAUCAAUGUUCCUAUCCCAACCACGACAUUGACCAAUACCUGGACUGGAACGGAGCCAGUCACCAGAACUGUGACUGCCAGUGAAGGUGAAACCGGCAGCGUGAUCAUCGAUGUUCCUAUCCCAACAACCACCUUCACGAGCACCUGGACUGGAAGUGAAACCACUGAAACAGUCCCAGCCACCGAGGGAGAAACCGGAAGUGUGAUUGUCAAAGUGCCCGUUCCAACCACUGUCAUCACCAGAACAUGGACCGGAGUCAACACUACAACCCACACUGUUCCUGCUACCGAGGGAGAGACUGGUAGUAUCAUCAUUGAUGUUCCAAUCCCCACCACAACCUUGUCCAGAACAUGGACUGGAAACGAGACUACUACCGAGACUGUUCCAGCCACUGAGGGCGAGACAGGAAGCGUUAUUGUGAAUGUGCCUAUUCCAGUCACCACAGUGACGAGAACGUGGACUGGUUCCGAGACUUCCAGUGUUACUGGCACUGCUACUCCUGGCGAUACCAGAACCGUCUUCAUCGACGUUCCAACGCCCACCACCACGAUCUUUUCCACUUGGUCUGGAAGCACCAUCACCACCCGUACCAUUCCUGCUGCUUCAGGUGGCACAGACACUGUCAUUGUGGAAGUUCCCACUCCCGUCACUGUCAUCACUUCAACUUGGACCGGUCUGGACACCGAGGUGGUGACUGAGCCAUUCGUUUCUGGAACCCAAACCAUUGUCAUCAACGUCCCUACUCCUACCACUGUGAUCACCAGAACAUGGACAGGAUCUGAAACCACCACCCAGACUAUCCCUGCUGCAUCUGGCGGUACCGACACAGUCUUCAUUGAUGUGCCUACUCCUUCCACCACUUUGACUAGAACCUGGACAGGCUCCGUCACUGAAACAGAGACCCUUCCUGUGGCUUCAGGAGGAACUCAGACUUUGGUCGUCAACGUCCCCACUCCAACGACCUCUAUCACGAGAACCUGGACCGGAUCUGAAACCUCCACUGAAACAAUCCCUGCCGCUUCUGGCGGCACCGAAACCUUGAUUGUGAAUGUUCCCACCCCAGUUACCAUCAUCACCAGAACAUGGACAGGUAGUGAAACAACAACCGAGACUGUUCCUGCUGCUUCUGGAGGCACCGAGUCUGUUUUCAUCGAUGUUCCAACUCCUACCACCACGAUCACCAGAACCUACACUGGCACUACUGCUACCACGGAAACUAUUCCCGCUCCUUCUGGAGGAACUGUGACUGUGGUUGUGGGUGUGCCUCCUCCAAUGACCACCUUGACAAACACCUGGAGUGGCGAUGUGACCACCACUCAUACUGAGCCAUAUGCGUCUGGUGGAACCCAAACCGUUGUGGUCAAUGUUCCUACCCCAGUGACUACUGUGUGGUCGACCUGGACUGGUACUGAAACCAGCACCCGUACUAUUCCAGCUCUGGAAGGCGGUACACACACUGUGGUUGUUGAGGUUCCUACUCCAGUUACCGUUCUCACCUCCACAUGGACUGGUAGUGAGACUUCUGUCGUUACACAGCCAUUUGAAUCCGGAACGCAAACCAUCAUCAUUCAGGUGCCUACUCCAACGACCUCUAUCACCAGAACCUGGACCGGAUCUGAAACCACUACUCAGACUUUCCCCGCUGGUUCUGACGGUGUUAUAACUGUGGUUGUUGAUGUGCCUACUCCAUACACCACCUUGACUAGAACGUGGACCGGCUCCGAGACUCAAACCACCACUGACCCUGCUCAAUCUGGAGAAACUGGAACUGUCUUUAUUGAGGUUCCUACCCCAACCACUGUUGUGACCAGAACCUGGACUGGAACUGAAACUUCGACUGAAACUGUCCCAGCCGCUUCAGGCGGAACUGAGACUGUGAUUGUGAAUGUUCCUACUCCUAUUACAACCUUGACUAACACCUGGACUGGUUCUGAAACAUCUACUGAAACAAUCCCUGCUGCUUCUGGAGGUACCGAGACAAUUAUUGUCAACGUCCCCACUCCAGUUACCACGUCCACCAACACAUGGACCGGUUCUGAAACUACCACUGUUACAAUUCCAGCUCAAUCUGGCGGAACCGAGACCAUUGUCGUGAAUGUGCCAACCCCAACCACCACCAUCUUCUCCACCUGGACUGGUAGCACCAUCACUACUCGUACCGUUCCAGCUCAAUCCGGAGGCACCGACACCGUUGUCGUUGAGGUUCCUACACCCAUCACUGUGGUGACUUCUACCUGGACUGGUACCGAGACUUCUGUGAUCACCGAGUCUGCUGCAUCUGGUACUCAAACCAUCGUUGUCCAGGUCCCAACACCUACAACUACCAUCACCAAGACUGGCACUGGCUCGAACACUGAAACUCAGACUUCUCCUGCUGGUUCAGAUGGUGUAGUGACUGUGGUUGUUGAGGUUCCUCCUCCAUUUGACACAUUGACUUCCACUUGGACUGGAACCACCACCGAGACUGUGACUGAGCCACCUGCCGCUUCUGAUACCACAGGUACUGUUAUCGUUUUGGUUCCUGAAACAUCCUUGGAGUACUCCACUGUGACCUCAAUCUGGACCGGUUCGACCACUAGAACGAUCACCCAGCCACCUUCUGGCUCCGAUACCAUAGGAACUGCUGUCGUUGAGGUUCCACCAACUGCCGUGGGUGAAACUGAUUAUGCCGAGGUACCUGUUUCAGACUUUGACACUUUGACCUCCACUUGGACCGGAAGCACCACCAGAACAACUACCGCUCUUCCUUCGGGCUCCGGUAGCGUGGGAACUGUGAUUGUUGAAGUCCCGGAAACGUCGCUUGACUACACCACGUUGACUUCUUCUUGGACUGGAUCGACCACGAGAACUACCACCAUGCCUCCAUCUGGAAGCGCUACUGUUGGCACUGUCAUUGUGGAAACUCCAGAAACCGACUUCCCUACCGUGACUUCCACAUGGACCGGCUCCACCACGAGAACAACCACAAUGUCUCCAUCUGGAACUGACCCUGUUGGAACUGUCAUUGUCGAGGUUCCAGCUGCAUCCACGGACUACCCAACAGUGACUUCUGCUUGGACUGGAUCUACAACAAGAACAACCACCGUUCCAGGCUCUGGCUCAGACAUCGGUACCGUCAUUGUCGAAGUACCAACAACUUCCGAUGACUACACCACCUUGACCUCCGUUUGGACUGGUUCAACCACACGCACAGUCACCAAUGGUCCAGGUGAAUCUGGCUCUGUCGGAACCGUUAUUGUUGAGGUUCCAUCUUUUACUGCUGAUUUCUCAACCGUGACUUCCACCUGGACAGGAAGCGUUAUUACCACAGAGACACAGCCACCUUCGGGUUCUGACACUGUCGGUACUGUUGUGAUCAAGGUUCCUGCUUCCACCCCACUCAACCCAGGUUCCUGGAACUGGAACUCGUCUUACGUUCCAUCAGCACUGAUCAACUCUGGUUUCACCUCUGUGACCACCAAAGCUUACACCACGGAUGAUUCACACACAACAAAGGAUUCAGAUGUGACCGACUCCUCCAGAAGUACCGUGACGACUAAUGAUAUACCCGCUAUUACUACCGGCUCCCUGACCUCCUCAAACAAGGUCCAAGAUGCCACCCAUUCCCCAACUACAAUUGCUGGUGAGCCUGUGGAGCUGCCUGUGGGAGACAUCCCAGUUCAUUCUGUUCCAUCCGAUUCUGAGCAGCCUUCUACUGAGCAGCCUUCUACUGAGCAGCCUUCUACUGAGCAGCCUUCUACUGAGAAGCCCUCUGAGAACAGCCCAGAUGCUGAAAAUGGACCUUAUGGCGAUGCCGCUGUCGAAUCUUCCUCCUCAGCUACUGCCACAACAAUCUGUCAUAAGGGCAAGUGUGCUACCAUUUCGGCCGAAAGUACCACCGGUCCUACAGGCACCGGUAAGCCUAACCCAUCGAUCGCUUUCCAACCAAGCAGUUCCCAAAACGGUAAGCCACUGGCCUCUUCUGCCACUGGAUCCCCAGCUGUACUCACAUACGAAGGCUCCGCUUCGAGCCUUCAGGUAUCUGGACUCUUUGCUAUUUUCUUGACGUUGAUUCAGAUUCUUGUUUAA